AAAGAGAGGUGAUUAGAAGUAUUAAAAUAAAACAAAACAAACCAAAAAAAGAGAGAGAGAAAAAGGAAAGAGAAAAUACAUAUAUCUUCCCCCUACUAAGCUAGCGAAAAUAAAAUUUAAGGCAACUGAAAUAUGCACCCAAUCCAUGUGAGACGAGACCCCAGCAUCCCCAUCUAUGGACUCCGGCAGUCCAUCUUAUUAAACACCAGGCUUCAGGACUGCUAUGUGGACUCACCGGCUCUCAUUAACAUCUGGAUGGCCAGAACGUGUGCAAAGCAGAAUGCCCCAGCACCAGCUACCACUUCUUCUUGGGAAGUUGUAAGGAAUCCAUUAAUUGCCAGUUCCUUCUCCUUGGUUAAGCUUGUACUCAGGCGGCAACUAAAGAAUAAGUGCCGCCCAGCACCACGCAAAUUUGGAGAAACAAAACUCUCAAAGAGAUUAAAACACAAGGACGAUUCAGUGAUGAAAGCCACCCAGCAGGCCAGGAAAAGAAACUCCAUCAGUUCCAAGAGCAAGCGGCCAGCAGGGCAUAGGAUGCCUGCAGGAGGCAUCAGAGAGAGUAAAGAAAGUUCAAAGGAGAAAAAACUAAGAGUCUGCCAAGAUCUUGAGGACAGAUAUGCUGAACAUGUGGCUGCCACCCAAGCGCUACCCCAGCACAGUGGGACAGCAGCCUGGAAGAGCCGAGUGUUGCUUCCGGAAACCCACAGGAGACACCAGCUGUCGGAGGACAUGCUGACCAUCCAUGGUCUCCCCACAGAGGGUUACCAGGCUCUGUACCAUGCUGUGGUAGAGCCAAUGCUGUGGAAUCCUUCAGGGACCCCCAAGAGGUACAGCCUGGAGCUGGGCAAGGCCAUUAAACAAAAGCUCUGGGAGGCUCUGUGCAAUCAGGGUGCCAUCUCUGAAGGUGCUCAGAAGGACUGUUUCCCUGGCAGGAAGCGGCUGGCUGUCCACGAGGAGCCUGUACUCAAGAAAUGGCCCAAAUUAAAGAGCAAAAAAUAGGAACAGAACUCAUGGGAUUAGGGUAUUCUCUGCUAGAGAUCUGAAAAAUAAACACAACUUUGCACCUUC